AUGGCAAAUUCCUCAUUUCUUUGCCUAAUACUCCUGGUGACAAUUUUGGGAGCCAUCACCGGCGUCAACCACGUUUCCGCCGCAAACCCUUCUCCACCAUCACCCUUUCCAUCUUCAAUCCCACUACCCCACCAACGUUUUCCACCCACCCCUUAUCUGCCACCAUCUCCGCCGCCGCCGCCUAUGCAACUGGCGGAGAUUCCAAAACAACAGAUGAACAACAUAAUCGACGCCCUAAUAGGUGCCGGAGACUUUGCAGGAUGGAUCAAUUUCCUCUCCUCCACCAACCCAUCAUCUCUGUCAUUCACCGCCACCUUCUUCGUUCCGAGCAACGACGCCAUCUCUCAGUUCCCAACCGCCACCGCCGCCGGAACGAACUUCGACCCUUUUAUUGUACCUUACCAUAUAGUCCCACAGCGCCUCUCUUUCUCCGAUCUUCAACAGUUUUCCACCCUCACGCGCCUCCCCACUCUCUACCCUUCAAAGUACAUUGUCAUCACCAACAAUUCUCGAUUCAAUUUCACCGUCGAUGACUCUCUAGUCACCCACCCAGAUAUUCUUGUGAAUGCUGCUUUUUCAGUUCAUGGAAUCAAAAAUGUUCUUGAUUACAAUGUCUAUGGCGGCAACGACAACGGUCUCUUUUCACCACCACCACCGCAGCCAGACAACACAACAGCAUCGACACAGGUGCCUGGACCAAUCCUUGUGUCACCACCGCCAAAUGACAGCAAACCAGUGGACGAAACUAUUCUUGACGUGAGUUUUGGCGUAGCAUGCUUCUGCGAUGUGUUCGUCAUCAUUUUUUGGAUUGGUUGUGCUGUUUUUGCAUCCAAGAUUCAUUGA